CUGUGUGGCUGGCACAAUUUAGCUAUAAAAGUCAAAUCAAGUGACGUUUGUUUUAAUUUCUAUAUAAACGAUUAUAAUUUUUUUUCUAGUAUUGAUAGUAGUAAUGAGUUAAUUCGAAUUUAAAAAAAUUUCACAAAUAAAACUACAAUGUUUGCGAAGAGGAGUAGCAGAGUAAUUACUCAUUCACUUAGAUUAGUAAGUAAACAGUUGACACAGACUAAUUAUGUGACAAAAGCACCAAAGCCAGAAAUUCCUAAAAAUCCAUUAGCAUCUGUGUACUCUGCUGAUAAUCAAAAAGACAAUGGAAUUGUUUAUGACCGCAAACCCUUCAAGCUAACCUUGGAGGAAGGGAAGACCUACCACUGGUGUUUAUGUGGCCGCUCCAAAUCACAGCCACUGUGCGAUGGCACUCACAAGGACGUCUUUUUAAAAAUUACACAACGGCCCAUCAGGUUUAAGGUUGAUAAAACAAAGGAGUACUGGCUGUGCAACUGUAAACAGACUAAAAAUCGUCCAUUUUGUGAUGGCACCCACAAGCAGAAGGAAGUUCAAGAGGCUACUACAGUUAAAGUUUAGCUUGGUUGUCUAACGUGAUAGAAUGUAGGAAUCAUUUUGUUUUAGGUACUUGUAGAAGAAAUAUAUCUUAAAAUAUC